AGCGCGACGGCACAGCCGGAGGACCUGGCCUGGCUUGUGGGGAAACGAAACUGGGAGCCUAGGCAGUGGCUUUGGUAGGGGCAGGGUCGGGCCCGGUGGUGGCGGCAGCCUGAUCCCCCGCCUCUCCGCUACCUGGCAGCUCGCCCUCUCCCCUCAGCUAACAAUGAAGAGGAGAGCAGACCCAGAAUGCACCGCUCCCCUCAAGAAACAGAAGAAAAGGGUUGCAGAACUUGGCCUGAACCUCAGCUCUACAUCAGAUGAUGAACCUCCUUCCUCUGUCAAUCAUACGGCAAAAGCAUCAACCACAAGUCUAAGCGAGUCUGACAGUGAGACUGAGGGGAAGCAACACAGCUCUGACUCUUUUGAUGAUGCAUUCAAAGCAGACUCCCUCGUGGAGGGAACUUCCUCCCGCUAUUCCAUGUAUAACAGUGUCUCCCAGAAGCUUAUGGCCAAGAUGGGCUUCAGGGAAGGUGAAGGAUUGGGUAAAUACAGUCAGGGUCGGAAGGACAUCGUUGAAGCCUCUAAUCAGAAAGGUCGAAGGGGCUUGGGCCUGACACUGCGGGGCUUUGACCGAGAGCUGAACGUGGACUGGCGAGAUGAAUCAGAGCCCAGUGCCUGUGAGCAGGUGUCAUGGUUCCCAGAAUGUACCACUGAAAUUCCUGACACUGAAGAAAUGAGCGAUUGGAUGGUUGUGGGAAAGAGAAAGAUGAUUAUUGAAGAUGAAACAGAAUUUUGUGGGGAAGAGCUGCUUCACAGUGUGUUGCAGUGUAAGAGUGUGUUCGAUGUCCUGGAUGGGGAGGAGAUGCGGCGAGCUCGUACCCGGGCCAAUCCCUAUGAGAUGAUCCGAGGAGUCUUCUUUCUAAACAGGGCAGCAAUGAAGAUGGCUAAUAUGGAUUUUGUGUUUGAUCGCAUGUUUACAAAUCCCCGGGACUCCUAUGGGAAGCCGCUGGUGAAGGACCGGGAAGCCGAGCUUUUGUACUUUGCGGACGUCUGUGCAGGUCCAGGUGGCUUCUCAGAGUAUGUGCUAUGGAGGAAGAAGUGGCAUGCGAAGGGCUUUGGAAUGACUCUGAAGGGCCCUAACGACUUCAAGCUGGAGGACUUCUACUCGGCCUCCAGUGAGCUCUUCGAACCAUACUAUGGUGAGGGUGGGAUCGAUGGAGAUGGAGACAUCACCCGCCCAGAGAACAUCACUGCUUUUCGGAAUUUUGUUCUGGAUAACACAGAUCGCAAGGGUGUCCACUUUCUGAUGGCUGAUGGGGGUUUCUCAGUGGAGGGGCAGGAGAACCUGCAGGAGAUCCUCAGCAAGCAGCUGCUGCUGUGUCAGUUCCUCAUGGCGCUAUCAGUUGUUCGGACAGGAGGCCACUUCAUCUGUAAAACCUUUGACCUAUUCACGCCGUUCAGUGUGGGGCUCAUCUACCUGCUGUAUUGCUGCUUUGAACGAGUAUGUCUCUUCAAGCCAAUUACCAGCCGUCCUGCCAACUCGGAGAGGUAUGUGGUGUGCAAGGGCCUGAAGGUGGGCAUAGAUGACGUGCGGGAUUACCUCUUCUCAGUGAAUAUUAAACUCAACCAGCUGCGGAACACCGAUUCUGACGUCAACCUUGUGGUCCCCUUGGAGGUGAUCAAGGGAGAUCAUGAGUUUACUGACUACAUGAUCCGGUCCAAUGAGAGCCACUGCAGUCUGCAGAUCAAAGCUCUGGCCAAAAUCCAUGCCUUUGUUCAAGAUACGACUCUGAGUGAGCCUCGGCAGGCGGAGAUCCGGAAAGAGUGCCUCCGGCUCUGGGGGAUCCCAGACCAGGCUCGAGUUGCUCCUUCUUCCUCAGACCCAAAAUCUAAGUUUUUUGAGCUAAUCCAGGGCACUGAGAUCGACAUCUUUAGCUACAAGCCCACACUGCUCACCUCCAAAACGCUGUUGAAGAUCCGCCCAGUGCUCGACUACCGCUGCAUGGUGUCUGGCAGUGAGCAGAAGUUCCUCAUAGGCCUGGGGAAGUCCCAGAUCUACACAUGGGAUGGCCGCCAGUCAGACCGCUGGGUCAAGCUGGACCUGAAGACAGAGCUACCCCGGGACACUCUGCUGUCUGUGGAGAUUGUCCACGAGCUGAAAGGGGAGGGCAAGGCCCAGCGGAAGAUCAGUGCGAUCCACAUCCUCGAUGUCCUUGUGCUGAACGGCAGCGACGUGCGGGAACAGCACUUUAACCAGCGAAUUCAGCUUGCUGAGAAAUUUGUGAAAGCAGUUUCCAAGCCCAGUCGGCCUGACAUGAAUCCCAUCAGGGUGAAGGAGGUUUACAGGCUGGAGGAGAUGGAGAAGAUUUUUGUCAGGCUAGAAAUGAAGAUCAUCAAGGGUUCCAGUGGCACUCCAAAGCUCAGCUACACAGGGCGGGACGACCGGCACUUUGUGCCCACUGGCCUCUACAUCGUCAGGACAGUGAAUGAGCCAUGGACUAUGGCAUUCAGUAAAAGCUUCAAGAAGAAGUUCUUCUACAACAAGAAAACCAAGAAAUCUACCUUUGACCUCCCUGCAGACUCUAUUGCCCCAUUUCACAUCUGCUACUAUGGCCGGCUCUUCUGGGAGUGGGGAGAUGGCAUCCAUGCACAUGACCCCCAGAAGUCCCAGGACCCAGACAAGUUGUCCAAGGAGGAUGUCCUCUCCUUCAUCCAGACACACAGCGCCUGAGGGCCAUGGGAUGCCCACCCCGCCGACUGCCCUGCUGUCCCUAAGGCAGGAUGCUCUGUGCCAGGGGCCCACAGCACUGGCUUUCUUCCCCUUCUUGGAAUGGGGCUGGGUAGUGUGGUCACUACAGGCUGGCCAUGAAGGGUGGGCAGCCUCCUCUUCAUCUUCCCUGAAAAGAUUAGUCAGGGGCCGUCAGAGGACACUUACACAUUCCUUCUGGGACACCUUUUGGACUCCUCUCCCUGGAGACCAACCUGGGAACUGCUUUCCCUGCUAGGUCUCGGCCUGAAGGAAGCUGUUCCACAGCAGGUUUGAGGUUAGUGCCCUGGGCACCUGGGAGCUGGUGGAGGACAUAGAGGCAGAGGAUAGCAGGGCAUUGGCUCUGCCAUUCUUUCCGUUGUAUCCUGUAGACUCACUUUUCUGAGUUCCAUGCACUGCCCCGAGGGCAGCCAUGCCCCUGCUUUGCCCAACUUUUUAUUGGGCCAACCUGAGUAGGUGGUGGCCCACUGUCAUGAGCUGGCCAGGAGCAGCCGCUGUAUAAAUCAAGGUUUUGUUUCUUUGAACUUGCUCGGUUUUGAUGCCAAGUUAGAGGAGAUUUUUUCUCCUCUCCCUAUACCCUCCUAGCCUUUCCUGGAGUUCUUCCCAACUUGGCCCUCUGACAGUCCCGGCAGGCCGGGAAGGAAGGAGUGUGGGCCCCAUGUACAUGACACAUCUGGUUCCAGGUAGGGCUUUUUUUCAUCCUGGAUGUGACUGUCUCCUGGGGUUGUAGUCUUCCUGGGCCCCAUCCCCUUUUGAUCCAAAACUUUGGGCAGCUCUAGAAGGGGAGGAAGCAGUCUUGAAGACUUGCCUUUUUCUCUGCCCUAGCAGCAGUGGCCCCAACAGUAGUGGAGGGUACCUCUGGGGGUUUGGACAGCACUCAGCCCUCUGCUGACCAUGAUGGCACCAUCAUUUGCCAUAGGCAGCCUAGGGUGGUAGGACUUGGCAGAUUCUGAGAGCUGGAGGCAGCCCCUCCUUUCCCCCUUUAGUUUUUCUUCCCCCAUAGGAGGUACAGUCUGCUUUUGUUUGUCCUUAUGUGGUCACUCCAUUUCCUCUAUCUUGGGUGGAGGCAGAGGGGGAUGAGGGGGAAGCUGAGCAGUAGCUCUGAGUAGGGGAGGGCAUCUGUGGUUGUCUUUAAUGGGAAAUACCUUUCAGAGAUGCUCUUAUGGGCUCCCUAGGGCCCAGUCCCAGUGCAAGCCUGGUUUCCAUGGAGAUAGGGCAGUGAUUCUCCCUGUGAGGUUGGAACUGACUCUACUGUGGGGGUCGUCCAGCCAGCAUCCAGCCCCUUCCCCAAGCUGGCAGCAGCACUGCUGAGAUGCUGUAUUUUCCACCCAGUUCUGGGUAUAUCAAUGUGUCUUGCAGAAUCCUGGAUCAUUAAAGAUAAACAUAUUUUUAA